GGUGUUGCGGAAGGUGUUUUGUUGAGUGUUGAUCACAAGUACGGAGGUCGCGGAAUGCUGUUUAUUUACAGUUAUUAAAUCCUGUUCAGUGCGUCUAACAAAAUAAUACAACACAAAAUGGCGCCAAUGCGCGGCGAACGUGGCGGGUCGCCGGCCCGAGGCGUUCGCGCGUCACUGCCGCUGCCCCGCCGGCUCAUCAGGCAGAUCGCGAGGCACGUCGCCUCCAGCGGCCGCUCGCUCAGGCGCCUCGAGGUCUCCGGGCGGGUCAUCGACAACUUCGACGACAUCGAGGGCGCUUCCGAUGACUCGGACAUGGAAACAUCGCAACCCGCGGUUGCAUGUGGAGGGAAUGCCGGUAACUUGCCUCCAGCGGACAACGACGACGAUCUCACCAGCCUCAGCUGGCUACAAGACAAGAACCUUCUCAGAGGUAUAAACUUAACAAAAAGCGACAUUGAAGACACGAAAACGAUGGGCAGUCAAAUCAUUCUAAAGACAGAAUCGAAAACUCCGCCGCCCGUAGUUCGGCCCCCCUCGCCCCCGCGUACUCCGGUAAAGGCUCCCCCCUCGCCCCCGGCGGUCACGCACACGAAGCCCCCGUAUUCGUUCUCGUGCCUCAUAUUCAUGGCGAUCGAGGCGGCGCCCGCGCGGGCCCUGCCGGUCAAGGAGAUCUACGCGUGGAUCAUCAAGCACUUCCCGUACUUCAAGCACGCUCCCCAGGGCUGGAAGAACAGCGUGCGACACAAUUUGUCGCUGAAUAAAUGUUUCCACAAGGUGGCAGCAGCGCCUGGUCUCGGGAAAGGAUCGCUGUGGACGGUCGACCCCCAGCACCGCGCUUCCUUAAUACAGGCGUUCGGUCGUCAGCCGGCUCCGACCCCGGCGGGCGCGGCGGAGCCGAGCGGCGGCAAGAACUCGCCGGAUCCGACGCUGUUCCCAUACCUGGCGCGGCGGCUCGCGGCGGAGCCCGGGGCCGACGAGUACCUGGCCGCCGCCACCGUGCUCGCCAUGAAGUACGGACCCUCGGUACUCGAACAGUUGCCGCCGGCCGCGUCGCUGGUGAUCUCGCGGUGCACGCGCGACGAGCACUCGUACAGCGGCGGGGGGGGCGAGGAGCGGCGCACGGCGGAGGCGCUGCUGCACCUCGCCGGCCUGCCCCCCUCCCCGGCCCUCGCGCCCAGCUAGCGCCCCCCGCCCCCGCGCUAGUGCAGCCUACCUCCGACUGUCUGCGCCCGCGUCGCCAGCCACUCUCGAUCAUCCUCCACCCUUGUUCUUAUUAGAAACUGGGGUUCUUGACAAGUUGGAACUGUCCUUAAUUUACAGAUGAACAUACAUUGUUUAAAAUCUACUAAUUUUUUUUGCUUCCAAUGCUGAUAGCCUUGAUAUAAUUGAGGCCGUCAGCGCAAAAGUGGCUUAACCCACAGUUUUUCACAUUCGUGCUUAUUUAAAUUGUAAUAUAUUUAAAACAUAAUAUUUUUUUAUGCAAAACUGCCCUAUCCAUAGUUUCAGCCAU